AUGCCACCCUCAUACGAUAUAAAUCCAUACGAGGAAACUCGGCUAUACACAUCCAAUACAGAGAGAGAAAGAUGGGAAAGUAUGGCAACCUUGUUCAGCAUUAUUGUUUCUUUGGAUGCGUUGGAAAGGGCAUAUAUGCGAGAAAGUGUUAGUGAAGCGCAAUAUGCUCCAGCAUGCACAAGACUACUAGGUCAAUUCAAGACUAUAUCGAAGUUGGUCAUGUCCGUCAUUCGAGAUUUGAAGGAUUUUAUGAAGCAAUUCAAGAUGAGCCAUGCAGCUGCUGCCCACAGGUUACAGGUUGGAGUUCCAGCAACGGUCGAGCAUGCAUCAGCAGCAACAUCAUCAUCUUCAGAGCGUGCAAAAUGGGUUGCAGAAACUACACAAGGAUUCAUUACGUUCAUGGACGCAUUAAAGCUAAAAUUACGAGCAAAAGAUCAAUUACAUCCUCUUUUGAGCGAUUUGAUGAGUUCAUAUUCGCGCUUUGGCGAUCAAGAUUCUGAGGGAAGGGCAAGAGUGUUGCAUUGGCUUAUCACGUUGAAUCAAAUGAAAGCAAGUGAUGAGAUUGAUGAAGAUCAGGCAAGACAGAUGUUGUUCGAUUUAGAGAACGCAUAUAGUGCUUGGUUCAGGUCGUUACAGAAUUCAUAGAAGCGCUACAAUCAUUAAGUGAAGCAAGGAGUGUACUAUCAUCUGUAUUUUAAUCAUCAAUUCAUAUUUGGCAUCAAUCGGAAAGUAUGACGAG